AUGACGUCUAAAACAAGUGACGGAUAUCAAUGGACGUCCGAUUCCAAAACCGUCCAACGGGGUCUUGAGACUAAUGCAGUAAUCAAACCCCCUCGACGCGGAGACUUUUCUCUCAACCGUGUUUACGAUGCCGUCGUCAUUGGUGCUGGCUACGCUGGACUUGCGGCAGCUCGAGAUCUUGUUACCAAGGGCCAUUCAGUAUUGUUAAUCGAAGCUCGAGAUCGCGUGGGUGGACGAACAUAUACGGUGACCAAGGACGGCUUUCUCUAUGAAAUGGGAGGAACUUGGGUGACCCAUCACAUGGGUUACUUGUUCAGAGAGAUGGUUAGAUACGACAUGGACCGAGAUCUGAUCGAAACUGGAAGUCCGGACAAAGAUAAGGGAUAUUACACUAUCAAUGUCCCCGACGCUGAACCCAGAAAGUUAUCCCACGAAGAAGCUGGAAAAAUGUCAUCCCGGGCUUGGGAUGUUUUCGUAAACGUCGACGGCGAGCACUGUCGUACCCUUUGCCCUCUACCCCACGCCCAGUUGAACAACAUCGUUGUGGACCGUGCGACUAUCGAAAAAUGGGAUAAAAUGUCUUGCCAAGACCGAUUCGAGCAAAUAAAACAUAAGCUAAGCCCGGAAGAGAGAGGGCUUUUGGUAUCUCUGCUCCUCCAUAUCUCGGGCGGAGAAAUGGAGACAAGCAGCCUCUGGGAUAUGAUCAGGUCACACGCGCUGAUGGCACACGACUCAAAGAACUUUGGCGAUAUUUGGCUACGAUACAAACUAAAGGAAGGCCAGACAGCUCUUGCAAGGAACAUAUUCCAUGAAGCUGUCGAUCACGGACUCGACUACUCCUUUUCAACCCCAGUGGCGGCAAUAGCGCAGAAGGCGAACCAGGUUCACAUUCAAAGCCAGUCAGGUGAAGUUUUUCGGGCACAAAAGGUGGUAUGCACCAUACCGUUGAACGUGCUCCAAGACAUUCAUUUCUCUCCGCCAUUAUCGCAGAAGCGUCAAGAUGCGAUUCAGCUCGGCCAUGUCAAUCAAAUGUCCAAGAUUCAUGCUGAUGUGGGUAAUCCGGAGCUUGAGAGGUGGAACGGAAUGCGAUUCCCCGGUGUCCUGAUGUACGGAUAUGGUGACGGGGUGCUCCCAAAUGGAGAUGUCCACGUCGUGGGGUUUGGGAAAGACGAGAGAACGACUUUUGUUCCGGAGAAGAACCCAGAACUUGCUGUGGACGCAUUUCAGAAACUGCAUCCAAUGGAUGUUCGAAGAGUGAUCUUCCAUAACUGGUGUACGGACCCAUAUUCCAAGGGCGGACCAGCUUGGUGGAGGCCUGGAUAUAUGUCUAAAUAUCAGGACGAAUUGCAAAGCAGGUGGGGAAAUGUGUUUUUCGCCAGUGGAGACUGGGCACAUGGCUGGAGAGCUUCAAUUGAUGGUGCUCUCGAGCAAGGCACUGUCAAUGCGCAACAGAUCACAAAGGAGCUCAAGAAACUUGACAAGCGGGCUAGAAACUUGCUUCAGUCAAAUCUAUAA